AUGACGGCGAAGAGGCCCAGCGCCACCAACGCCUGUCUUCCAUGCCGCAAGGUGAAGAUGAAGUGCGUCUCGUCAGGGGCUGGCGAUAAAUGCAGUCGCUGCGCCCGCAAGUCGCUGCCCUGCGUCUUCCAGCAGCACUGUCGCGGCCGAAAGCCGGGCACCCGGCUGUCCAAGAAAGAGGCGCAUGGGCCCGAUCCGUCGCCCUCAGGCCCCAGGGACUCGGACUUCUGGGCCGAGUCGGAGGGAUUCCAGCCGCACAGCCUGUUGAGCCACCAGGCAAUGCAGGGCCGGUUCUCGCUGCAGAACAUCCUCAGCGUCAACCACGGCCCUGGCCCUGCUGACUCUGGGAUGUCGACUCCAGACGCGAUCUCCCCGGAGGAUCCGAUCGUGCUGGAUCUGGUCAACGCCCACGUCGCGUCGUGCCUGCUGGAGUAUUUCAUGCACAGGAUCAACCCGUACAUCAGCCAGCUGGACCCGGCCCUGCAUUCCUUUUCUUACCUGCGCAAAUCCCCCUUCCUGCUGACUGCUGUGCUGGCUGCCGCUGCAAAGGCGUUCGAGUCGUCGCUGUACCCUGGCCUGCAUGCGCACGCCGAGCAUCUCUUCGUCGAGAGCUUCCGACGCGGUGACAAGUCCACCGAAGUCAUCCAGGGCAUCCUCCUCCUCACGUACUGGAAGGAGCCCAACGACACCAGAGCAUGGACCUCAGUCGGCCUCGCGAUCCGCAUUGCCAUGGAACUGGGCUGGCAUAGGCUGUCACCGCAAGUCAGCCGCAGGCCAGGCCUGAGCGAGAUCGAGCGUCGAGAAAUCCGAAAUGUCGAGCGGACGUUCCUGGUUCUGUUUGUAUACGACCGCAGUCUGGGCCUGCAAACAGGGAAGCCCUGGAUGAUCGAGCGAAACGACUUGACCGAGUGUGUCGACAACUGGUGGCAGGACCCCGUUUCAAUCCUCAACGACCGAUUGCUCUGCAGCUUCGUGACUCUCCGACUGCUCACGGCAGACACAUUCGACCUGCUCAUCCCCUCAACGACAAACUCCAUGUCUCGCCUCGAGCGCACCAUCACCGUCCUGGACCGCCGCAUCCACGCCUGGCAGAGCAACUGGGUCGGGAUCGUAUGCGCAGGUCGAGCACUGGACGAACUCGAACCAGUUCCGCGCUGCCACGCCUUCAUGAUCAGGUUCUACGGAUCCCAUCUCCGCCUGCAGCUCUUCUCGACGCCGCUGCAGGAGACCGGCAUCCAGAACGUAGACCGGAUCUACGACCUGAAGCCCUUCUGGCUUAGCUAUCAGAGCGCCCUCGCCAUGCUCGACCUUGUAGCGGAGUCCUCGGCCCUGCUGUAUCUAGUCCAGGACUCGAUCCACGUUAUGACCGCAUACGCCGCCAUCUUCCUAAUCAAGCUCCUCCUUUCUUCCCCCAUCGCCGUCGGACAGGAGAUAGAGCCCACAGUUACCAAAGCCAUCCACGACGCGGCCAACGCAUUCGCUGCGUUGUCGGCACCGCCCAACUCGAGCUGUACCUACCAGGCGCGGUUCCUGGAUAAAGCUCUGCAAGAAUUCGCACGCAUAAGCCGCAGGCGGAUGAAAAACACCAGCUCCAAAAUAGAAUCGCCUUCGUCUGUUCAAGGAGGUACCGGUAACCCCCAUCCACCCCGGCGCGAGCAGUACCCCAGUAUCAUCAACUCCGAUAUGCCCUCCAGGCCGUUGCAGGAUCCUGGCGAUUCGGGAUUAGGGGUCAUGCAUGUCCCUCAGUCUGCGGUCCCUGCGGCUGCGGUGCCUGCGGUAUAUCCGCAAUAUAAUGGACCUGUUCCAGAGGGUCGAGACGGACUGGACCAGCAGUCGUUGAGCGUGGGGUUUGAGCUGCAGAACCAGGUCAGCGAGAACUGGGACUUUCUGCUGGGCGAUGAGAGUCGAUGGGAUGAUAUGUUUGCCAGUGCCGGGUUUAGUAUUCAGGAGGGGGUGUUUUGGUGUUAG